UACGCGCCUAGCGGGCUGCAGCCUGCUUGGCGACUGUGCGCAGAGGCGGGCCGGGGACGUUCUUUUUCCUUGGCCGCGGAGCUGGCGGAGACGCGAAGGUACCCUGGCCCGGAACGUCCUGUGCGCACCAGGCUCUUGGCCGCCUGAACCCCCACGGUCGGUCCGGGCGUGGAGGCGGCCAGCCCGUCCUCGGUCCCUGCCGCCUCACGGCUGCGGAACGGUACAAACUCAUCGCCCCGGUUCCCUCCGCCCGGGCCCGGAGGCCGCGUCCCUGCGAGGGGCUCAGCCCCGACGGGCAGGUGCCUGGUGCCCGCGGACCGUCCCUCCGUGGGGCGCGAAGCCCCUGCUGGGUGGGCGGGGUGGGAGCAGCCGGGAGACCCUGCACGAAACAGCGCGGGAUGGCCAGCAGGUCCCGGACAGCUUCGUGUUGGGGAUUGUCGUCAUUCAAGGAUAUAUCUAUGGAGUUCACCUGGGAAGAAUGGCAGUUACUGGAUUCUGCGCAGAAGCACCUGUACCGGGAUGUGACUCUGGAAAACUAUAGUAAUCUGGUGUCUUUGGGGUAUCAUGGUACCAAACCUGAUUUAAUCUUCAAGUUAGAGCAAGGAGAAGAGCCAUGGAUAAUAAACGCGGAAGUUUCCCGUCAGAGCGGUCCAGAUGUGGGGUAUCUUUUUUGGUGAGUUCCAGUGUCUUCCUGUCGAUGAUUGUUCAGCAGUUAUUUGUGAUUCCGGUGCUCUCGCAAGAGGGGGUGAGCACACGUCCGUCUACUCUGCCAUCUUGAACCAAUCAGGCAUUCUUAACAAUUCUUUAAAUUCUGUAUUUCUGUAGCAUUUUUUCAACUUUUCAGUAGCAUGAAAUCAUUUGUAAAUAAUAUAGUUAGAAAGAAAAAAUGAAUUUAGCAAGGUCACUGGAUGUCAGGUCAGUAUAUCCAAGUCAGUUCUACUUCUACACACCAGAAAAACUUUAUAAAAUAGGAUUUAAUAAAAAUGAAUUCAUUUUCAAAAGUAUAAAAUUACACAAAUAAAUUUUGUGUGUGUGUUGGAACUGUUCUGUAUCUUGACUGUAGUCGUUGGUAUAUAAACAUACACAGGUGAUAAAAUCAAAUAGAACUUGAUACAUAUACACACACAACUGAGUGUAAGUAAGACUGGGGAAAUCUUAGGAUGUCUUGUGGAUUGUAUCGAUGUCAGUACUCUGGCUGUGAUAUUACACUGUAGUUUUGCAAAAUGUUAACACUGGGGGUAAACUGGGCAAAGUGUUUUAGGGAUCGCUUUGUAUUUUAUUUUAUACUGCAGGUGAACUUGCAAUUAUCUCGAUAAAAUUUUUAAUUAAAACAAAAUAAAUCUAAUAAGGAUGUAAAAGAAGAAUGAAUAAACUAUUAUAUACAGUCAAUAGAAUACUAUGCUGUAACUAUGAAAUAAACUACAAUUGAAUAAACAACAUGUUUAUAUCCUAGAUACAUAGUAUUGAAUAAAAAAAGUCAUUCUCAGAAGACUGUAUAUAAUACCAUAGUUAAAGGCCAAUAAAGUGAAAUGGAAUUAUAUAUUAUUUAGACACACAUGUGUAGGUGAUAAGAUGAUGAAAUAAAAGAGCAAGAUAAUGAUAAGGAAAAUAUUUAGGAUAGUGUCUACCUCUGUGGAGAAAGCAGUGAGUUGGAAAGGAGGAACAGCAGACAGAGGCUGCAAGUGAUUUGUAAUUUUCUGUUUCUCAGACUGGGUGAUAGAUUCAUGAACAUUCAUGAGAAAGUACUUGUAACUAAUAUUAGAUAAAAAAGGGGACAUAAACACAGAUAAUUUAGAUUUUUAAAAUUAUAUGAGAAUACUAAGAAUAACAAUGUGCCACUAAAUAUGAAAAUUUAGAUUAAAAUUUUCAAUUUUCUUGUAAAUUAUACAUUACCAAAAUUGACCAAGCAGGAAAAAGUAAGACUGAAUAAAUCAAUCACAAAUAAAGAAACUGAAUUGUAGUCAAAAAUCCCUCAAUGAAAUGUAACAAGCCUAGAUUGUUGAACAGUAAAAUUUCACCAAACAUUGAAGGACUUGAUCAUCAUUAUGUUAUACAAGCAGUGCUAGAAAAAUUUUAAAGGAUAGAUUACUCUCAAACUCAUUUACAAUCCUGUAUAACCUUCACACCAAAACUGGAUAGACACAGUAGAAAAAAAAGUAGAGGUCAAUCUAAUAGAUGAAAAACUUCUGAAUAAAAUGGAAUCCAGGUUUCUUCCCCCACACAUAUGUAUAUGUCUAUGUUAGGUGGAACUAUAUGAAAUCACCAACAAUGGACCCAUUAUUGACACCUGUGGCAGAUUUUGUUUUCCAAAGUUGACUGUAACAACAUGUCCCAUCUGGCAUCCUCUUCUACAAUGUGACUGUGACACACCCCCACUGAGAGUCCUGUUGGCUGGUGACUUGUUUGUAGCUAAAAGACUGUGGAGAAAGUGCUUCUGCUUUCCUUGCUGGAACACGUGUUCUUGAAGCUUUGGCGGCCCUGUGAGCAGCCCGUCAGGCUGUGGUGCUCAGAGAGAAACCUCAGAUAGUGCCGGUGGAGAAACCACGUAGAGAGGCUCUGAGGCUCCAUGGAGAAAAAGAGAUGCCCAUCCAGCCCCACAUCUUCCAGUGCCACACUUUCCAGCUCCAGCCACCAAGGGACAGCAAGUGCACGAGGAGCCCUGAACCAUAAACCAGCAGCCAAACCCUCCCGGGACUCCUGACCAACAGAAACCGUGAGAGAUGUAACAUCUUUGUUGUUAUGUACGCUACAGUUUGGGGGCAUGCUUUAGGCAGCAGUACUGACUGGAACAGAAAUUUGGUCUUGGAAGUGGGGUGCUACUGCAACAAAACCAUAAAACAUCUGCCACUGGUUUGGGCACUGGGUGGUGAGCAGAAUCUGGAAGACUUUUGAGGAAAAUGUUAGUGAAAGCCUGAAGGGCCCUUAGGAAGGGUGUUAGCAGAGCCUGAAGGUCAUCAAGGAGGUUGUUGAUGGGGGCUUGAAGGGACAUGAGGAGAGUGUUAUGGGAACAUGGAGAAAAGGAGACUUUGUUAUGAGUGGCAGAAAGUAUCUCAACACUGUCACCUAAUGGACAUGGAAAAUAGAAACGCACCUAAUCGUAGCCCAGCAGGAGCCUGUGGGGCCUUCCCAGAACAGGACAGCACCCCGACCAGAGCCCUGCCUGCCUCUUGUCUGUGCAAAGCCUUUAGCCUCCUAGGCCUUCCCCCAGUUCCAGAGAACAAAUUCAACCAGAGAAGUGAGAAAAUGCAGAAAAGAGGGAAAACAGUCAAGCAAGACAAAAUAAUAAUACUUUAGCUGUUAAAGUCAAAGGUCUUUAGUUCCUCCUCAAGGGCUGUAGAUACUAUGCUGAGCCGUGUCCUUGAGCUGUUUUGCAGAUACUGAGACCCCCACCAGGUGUCAGAAGUUAACUGUCUGCUGCCCACAAGCACGUAGACCCCAGACCGGCUGGAACCUGAAGGUUGACGAUGCCAACUCCCGAUUACCUCACCACCAACCAAUCAGAAGAAGGUCCACGAGCUGAUCACACCCCACAACCCCCCUCCCUCACCCUGUCUUUAAAAACCUUUCCCUGAAAGCCUUCGGGAACUUUGUGUUUGUCGAGCACUGGCCAACCUUGCUUCUUGCUUGGCCCCAUGUUGGGCACCUGCAGUCAACGCUACCCUUUCCUUCACCACAACCAGUGUCAGUAGAUUGGCUUUGCUGUGCGGGGGCAAGUGGACCCAAGUUUGGUUCGAUAACAUAAUGACCUCAAAUGGUAGAGCUAAGAGUUUUCUUUCUUUUUUUAAAAUUAAUUAAUUAAUUUAUUUAUUUUUGGCUGCGUUGGGUCUUUGUUGCUGCGCGCGGGCUUUCUCUAGUUGGGACGAGCAGGGGCUACUCUUCGUUACGGUGCACGGCCUCCUCUUUGCGAUGGCUUCUCUAGUUGUGGAGCACGGGCUCUAGGCGCGCAGGCUUCAGUAGUUGUGGCACGCGGGCUCAGUAGUUGUGGCACACAGGCUUCGUUGCUCCGUGGCAUGUGGGAUCUUCCCGGACCAGGGCUCGAACCCGUGUCCCCUGCAUUAGCAGGUGGAUUCUAAACUGCUGCGCCACCGGAGAAGUCCCGAGCUAAGAGUUUUCUACACACAGUGUUACUGUGUUACCUGGCUUAUUCUCACUGCUUAUAAUAAAAUGAGAGAGGAGAGAGAGGAGCUAAAAAAUGAACCAGUCCAUGAGGAAGUGACAAUGGCCCAGUACAGUCUUUUCAGCCAGUUAAAGUGUUCUCAAAACGAGAAAGGUCCUCAGGGACUGUAAAAUCCUUAGGUAAGAUUUCAGAAAGACCUAAGGGGGUGCCUCGUGUACCCCUUCAGAGAAAAGAAAAACCUUCUAAGGACCUUAUGGUAAAGCCUCUGUGAAUCCUCUCAUAAAAAACAGAGCUUCUGUCAGUGUUAACACAGAACGUUCACAGAGAGCCCAAGGCAGACAAAGUCUUAUCUCUAAGAGAUAUUUUGAAGAUGUGGCUUUUGCCUAAUUGAUAUAUUAAAAAGCCCACAAAAAUUUUCCCCCCAUUUCCUAUGUAUCCUCCCAACAACUCAUAUGUACAUCCACGAAACCCCUCCACCAAAAUACUCUCAAAACAGAAAUUUGGGAGCUUCGUCUUUAAGAAUUGAGGUAAAUCAACAAGCUCUCAGUGAGGUAAGCUGUGGAGUCAGCUGGUGAGUUCUAAGGUCCCAGUUGCAGAUCUGGGGAGAAUCAUUUUGAAGAAAGUCUCAUUACAGCCUCAAUUCCCAAGAAUAUUUUCCAUUACUUGAGGUCACAGGCAUGCUAACUAAAGAGAUAACAUGAGUGUCUAAUAAAGAAAAAUGGUGAAAUUGUAACAUGUUUGAGUAGAAAGGAAAAUACAGGACAAAAUUACAAUAGAAGCGUAACUAAUUGUAGGGGUCCCAGCAAGAAGUGGGAAAAGUGAAGGCUACUUGUAAACUGAAAGAUAGUAUAAACACAUACAUACACACCACAAAAUUUAAAACCAGCCAUAAUUGGAGAGGGUGUGGAGAAAAGGGAACCCUCUUGCACUGUUGGUGGGAAUGUAAAUUGAUACAGCCACUAUGGAGAACAGUAUGGAGGUUCCUUAAAAAACUAAAAAUAGAAUUACCAUAUGAUCCAUCAAUCCCACUACUGGGCAUAUACCCAGAGAAAACGAUAAUUCAAAAAGACACAUGCACCCCAAUGUUCAUUGCAGCACUAUUUACAAUAGCCAGGUCAUGGAAGCAACCUAAAUGCCCAUCAACAGACUAAUGGAUAAAGAAGAUGUGGUAUAUAUAUACAAUGGAAUAUUACUCAGCCAUAAAAAGGAACGAAAUUGGGUCAUUUGUAGAGAUGUGGAUGGAUCUAGACACUGUCAUACAGAGUGAAGUAAGUCAGAAAGCGAAAAACAAAUAUCGUAUAUUAAUGCAUGUAUGUGGAACCUAGAAAAAUGGUACAGAUGAACCGGUUUGCAGGGCAGAAGUUGAGACACAGAUGUAGAGAACAAAUGUAUGGCCACCAAGAGGGGAAAGCCACGGUGGGGUGGGUAUGGUGGUGUGCUGAAUUGGGCGAUUAGGAUUGACAUGUAUACACUGAUGUGUAUAAAAUUGAUGACUAAUAAGAACCUGCUGUAUAAAAAAAUAAAUAAAAUAUAAUUCAGAAAUUCAAAAAAAAAGAAUAUAUGUAUGAAUAUCUACAUAUAUAAAACAGUCACUUUGCUGUACAGCAGAAGUUAACAGAACAUUGUAAAUCACUAUACUUCAAUAAAAUAAAAUUUUUAAAAAGGAUCUCAAUGAAACUAGGAGAUCAGGGAGGGGGGCAGGUGCAGAGCAGAGCCUAUAAAAGACACUAAAUACGAACUUGACAUUUUGCAGAGAUUUCACAUCCCUGUCACCACAGUUGGACAGAGGGUACCCAGGAGGCAAAGAAGAGGUGGCUAUGGGGCCGAGGUUCAAGGGUCAGGGCUCUGAGCUCUCUCCAAUAACCCCUCCUUUAAUCCCCCCAUCUACUCUGUAACACUGCAGUGAGCAGGUCUUAAAAUAAAUAAAUAAAUAAAAUAAAAUAUACUUUGUAAAAACAAAAACAAAAACAAAAAAAUCCAGCCAUAUUAACUUGAAAAGACAAACCCUGGACAAAAUAAAGAGCUCUUUGGGCUCCAACGUUUUUUGGGCAGGAAGGAGGCUGAGAAGGACACUCUGGCAAACGUGGAUCACGUUUAGGAUAAGGAAGCGUGACUCGGCAGAACCAAGCCCCAAGGUGCCGCUAAGAGGUACGGAGAGCUCCACGCGAGCAGGACCGGACCCUAAUCAGUCAACUGGUAACACGUAGCCAGCAGGAUUUGGAAUUUCUGUGGACCAGCGGCUGCUGUGUGGGGACUCCUGUUGUCCCCAGUUUGGAAUAGGAGUAUCUAUAGAAGUCUUCCUCUGUCUGCCCCACUGUCAUAUUUCAAGUGUGUAAGACGAAGACUGAGAGAAUAGUAUGUAAAGAGCGGUACCCAAGGGAGCAGUCCUGAAGACCCUCACCUGACGCAGGGCCUGAUUUCGAGAAUGAGAUCCUGGACUUCAACCUGACGCCGCGAUGGAAUGAGACAUUUGGGGUCUUGGGGCAGGAGACGGUUAUGGUUUGCAGAUGUCAGUGGUCAAAGCCAGAGGGCAGUCUGUGGUAAGUUUUGUUUCCCUAAGAUGGCUACAAGAACACCUCCUGCACAGCACCCUCUUCUACAAUAUGCAAUGUGAUUUUGCCACUCCUCCCACGGGGAGGAGAGGUCUUCGCACCCUGCCCCUUGAAUCCAGAUGGGCUGCUGAUUUGUUCAUAGUCAACAGAUUGCAGCAGAAAUGAAGCUGUGUGGCUUCCAAGCCCAGGUCAUGAAAGGAGAUGCAGCUUCACACCUUGUUCUCAGAAGCUCUCCCUGAUGAAGAAGAUUUCAGCAGCCGGGUAAGCCGUCCAACUGCCCUGAGGCUGCUGUGCUGUGAUGAGGUGCAAACAACUCACAAGAAGAGACCAGUGAAGAGGCCGGAGGCUACGGGAAGAGCGAGAGCUGCCUACACCACCCGGCUGUUCCAGCUCUGGCCAUCAACUGACUGCAACCACAUGAGAGACCCCCAAGACAAGACUGCCUAGCUGAGCUUGUCUUGAAUUUCUGACCCAGGAAACUGUGAGAUAUAAUAAGCCACUAAAUUGUCAUCUAUUAUGUAGAAGAGGAACUGGACCAGCCCACAAAAGGACAAUUUCAUAUUGUUCAACCUUAUAAGUAAAUAAAUAAUAUGUUCAAGAUAAUAUUAGACCUUAUUAAUGUAUGCAUCAUAUUAAUCUUAAUGUAGAAAUAGAUUAAUAAAAAAAACAUAACUACCUAUAUAGCUGAAGAAAAAUAUUCAGUACAUUUCAGCAAUUCUUCAUAAUCAAGUCCUUAACAAACUCAAAAUGGAAACUAACUUCCUUUUAAGAUAAUAAAGGAUAGCUACCAACCCCUACAGGAAACAUCAUACCUAAAGUAAAACUUUAGAAACAUUAUAAAAUCAGGAACAACUGAGCUGACCCCCCUACUUCUCAUACUGUUAAGCAUUGAACUGGCACCCUAAUCAACGCACUAAAAGACAAGAAACGAAAAUUAAGAAUUAUACGGACUGGAAAGAAAGAGGAAGAAUUGUGGUUAUUCGAAGCAAGAUCUGAAAAGGGAUUUUAGCACUGUUGCUAGGUACAAAUCAAUUCUCUUCCUGUACACCAUCUCUCUUAGUCUGAUCUGGCUCCUGUAACAAAAUACCAUAGACUUGGUGCCUUAAACAGCAGAAAUUUAUUUUCUCACAGUUUUGGAGGCUACAUAUCCAUGAUCAAGGUGCCGGCAGGGUCGGUUUUGGGUGAUACCUCUCUUCCUGGCUUGUAAAUAGCCGCCACCUUCUCACUGUGUUCACAUGGGUUUCCUUGGUGUGUGUGCCAGUGAGGCAAGAGAUAGAUGGGCUCUAAGCUAGGCAUUUACAACUGGCCUCCCACUUACAUUUCAUGGGGCAGGAAAACGUGGCCUUCGGGCCGGACACAACUAGUCUCCUGUUUGCAUUUCCUGAGACAGGAGAUAGGUGGGCUCCAGGUUAGACAUUUAAAAUCAGCCUCCUGUUUGCUCUCUGAAAUGGAAGUAACAACAGAAACAGGGUAAAUAGCCAGGCUUCGUCUCCUGUGGACGCCUUAAGAUAACAGUCAUGGCAGGAACAGAGACGGGCUAACCCUUGUUUGAGUAAUAGAUCAAGAGGUCACACAUUUACCAUCCUUGGGGCAAGGGAGACACUGCACAUGUGCAGAAAGCCUCCGUGGGGGUCAAAAGGAGGGGGCACCACCCCAUAAUAGGUGAUGCUAAGGCCAUCCCAUAGGCCUCUGGGCUGGAAUCCAUGUUGGAAAGAAGCUGCGCAUGCAUGCUGGGGAGGGUCCUAGGGCAGGACGGUGUGGAGAAAGAAACCAGAUAAUUGGCCAGAGGUGAACAGAGACCUGGAAGAACUGCCCUAUAUAAGUGACUUAACCGCCUCUUUACUGGGCUCCUCCUUGUUAGGGGGGAUGCCCACACCCUUUCUCUCUGGGUGUCCGUCUCUGCCCUGCUUCUGUCUUAACUGAACAAGUUGUUUCUCUGUGUGCUCUCCCACUUGUUGUUGUGCUGUGUCUCUAAUAAUAAACUUUGCACCUGUUUUUACAGGUUUG